CUUGUAUAAACUCUCUCAACGACCCUUAUUCAUAAUUUUCUUCCCAUUAAUUCAGAAAAUCUGAUUCGAGACGACUAAAUCUGAUAUUCAGUUUCUUGUUGUAGGGAUCUGUGUUGUGGUUCUUGUUGCAGACAGAUACAGCAAGAGAGAAAAGGAAUUGGAAAAUCUAUUUUGGAGUGAUGGAAAAUCAGAGAACCAGAAAACGUCCACGUCUAUCAUGGGAUGUAGCUCCAACUGAACCAGAGGCUUUUAGGUUGCCGAGGGUGUCUAAUGAGGUUUCAUAUCGACAUGCAUCACCGCCUAGGAGAGAUGAUGAUCGUGAAGGCCAUUAUGUGUUCAAUUAUGGCGAUAAUUUGACUCAAAGAUAUAAUAUCAUCAGCAAAAUGGGUGAAGGCACAUUCGGCCGUGUUUUGGAAUGUUGGGACCGCGAGGAAAAAAGAAUGGUGGCCAUUAAGGUAGUCCGUAGCAUACGCAAAUAUCGCGAUGCAGCAAUGAUUGAAAUCGAUGUGCUUCAGCUUCUCGCGAAACAUGAACUUGGACGCUCCCGAUGCGUGCAAAUCCAUAAUUGGUUUGACUACCGGAAUCACGUUUGCAUUGUGUUUGAGAAGCUUGGGCCAAGUUUAUUUGAUUUUCUAAGGAGAAAUAAAUACUGCUCACUUCCUGUGGAUCUUGUCCGAGAGUUCGGGCGUCAGCUUUUGGAAUCUGUAGCAUAUAUGCAUGAUCUGCACAUGAUCCACACUGACUUGAAGCCAGAAAACAUCCUGCUUGUGUCUUCUGAGAGUGUAAAACUCCCAAGCUCCAAGAGGAAUUCUCGUGGGGAGACUCAGUUCAGGUGCUUGCCGAAGUCAAGUUCUAUAAAGCUGAUUGAUUUUGGUAGUACUGUCUUUGAUGAUAAAGAGCAUACCUCUAUUGUCUCAACAAGGCAUUACCGAGCACCUGAGGUCAUAUUAGGUUUAGGAUGGUCUUUUCCUUGUGAUCUAUGGAGUAUUGGUUGCAUACUUGUCGAGCUGUGUUCGGGUAAUGCAUUGUUUCAGACGCAUGAAAAUUUGGAACACUUGGCAAUGAUGGAGAGGGUAUUCGGACCUCUGCCGGAGCAUAUGGCUAGAAAGGCCGAUCGUGGUGCGGAAAAAUACUUUAGGACUUCCAGGAGAGGAACUCGAUUGAACUGGCCUGAAGGAGCGGUUUCAAGAGAAAGUAUCAGGGCCGUCAAAAAACUUGACCGGCUGGAGGAUAUAGUUUCUCAGUAUGUAGACUGUUCGUGGAAGUCUUUGUUUACGGACUUAUUGCACCGUCUGUUGGAGUACAGCCCAGCAGAAAGGCUCACUGCUCGUCAAGCCCUUGACCACCCCUUCUUCAGAGAUCAUAUUAUAAAUAGAUGAGAAGCAGAAGUAUCAAGAAGAUCUUCUUCUGGAGCAGAAGUCACCCCCCUGUCUCUUGCUCUCUCUAGAGUUGGUUGAUCCCCGCUUUGUAUGGUUAUAAACUGUUGUAAAUUGUUACACUGAAAGCAGAUAGAUGCUCUCUGUGGUAAGAGUAAGCAUUAAUCUAUCUAUUUUCAGACUAAUACCAACAAGGAUUUCUACCUUUUCCCUAAUUUAUUGGCAUCCUUAGUGGAACAAAA